AGACUCCUCUGAUUAUUCCCGGUCAGCAUUGCAUCGGCACUUUGCUCAUCAGACACCACCACGAACAAAUCCAUCAUCAAGGCCGUCACUUUACAGAAGGGGCGGUCCGCUCAGCUGGCCUUUGGAUAGUUGGUGGGAAGAAAAGAGUGAGCAGCAUCAUCCACCAGUGCAUAACCUGCAGAAAACUCAGAGCUCCACUCAGCAUCCAAAAAAUGGCUGAUCUGCCAGCUGAUCGUCUGUCAACAGACCCUCCAUUCACAAACGUGGGUCUGGAUGUCUUCGGCCCUUGGAACGUUUCAUCACGCAAGACCAGAGGUGGCUUCGCACACAGUAAGAGGUGGGCGGUGAUCUUUACGUGCAUGAGCAUAAGAGCUGUGCACAUUGAAGUCAUAGAAUCCCUCGACACGUCUAGCUUCAUCAACGCGCUACGGCGCUUCCUUUCGGUACGCGGGCCAGUCAAACACAUUCGUUCAGACCGCGGCACGAACUUCAUCGGUGCCUGCAAAGAGUUGAAGAUACCAUCCAACAUUGACAGCUCUGCGGUAAAGACUUACCUGUCAGACAAGGGCUGCACUUGGACCUUUAAUCCUCCGCAUGCAUCCCAUUACGGCGGAACAUGGGAAAGAAUGAUAGGACUGACAAGGAGAAUUCUGGACUCAAUGUUCCUCCAGCUGAAAGACAAGCUCAGCCACGAAGUGCUGGUGACUUUCAUGGCAGAAGCAGCGGCGAUCAUCAAUGCCAGGCCACUUGUUCCAGUGACAACGGACCCUGAUGACCCACUCAUACUCACGCCAGCAGCUCUUCUCACGCAAAAGAUGAACAUUCUUCCUGCUCCUGCCGGUGAGUUCGGAGUUGCUGACCUCUACAAGUCCCAGUGGCGACAGGUUCAGCACCUGUCAAACACCUUCUGGGACCGCUGGAAGAAGCAAUUCCUCCCAACACUACAGGCGCGCAAGAAGUGGCAGUCCACCCAGCCAAACAUUCAGCCAGGAAGUGUUGUUCUCCUUAAGAACAGACAAGCACCCAGGAAUGAAUGGCCUCUUGGACUGAUAACACAGGCCUUCCCUGGCAAGGACAGUAAAGUGCGCCAGGUCGAGGUGAAGACCAUCAAACCAGGAGGGACUAGUCUCUUUCUUAGGCCAGUCACUGAAAUAGUGCUCCUUCUACCUCCAGAGGCCCAGUAA